AUGAGUUGGGUUGUGAACUGUGAUGGUACACCAUCGCUGCCCUACCAGUGCAAUACCAGUCCACCACCACUGCCAACAACAACAACAAACUCCCCUAAAUUCACAGAUCCCCACACACACUCUUUCAUCAAAUCAUAUCAAAUCACAACUAUAUAUGUGUGUAUAUAUAUAUAUAUAAACACCCACACUUCACUACUUGAUUUCAAAUCAUCAAACUAAACUAAAAAUGCAAUCAUUUGUUGGUCUCAACAUCUUCUUCUUCUUAAUAAUAAUUACAACUGCAACUACCACAAAUGUAUUCACUUUAAAGAUGCACCACCGUUUCUCUGAUCCUGUUAAAAAAUGGGCUUCACAAAACAACAAUUUUCCUCCUAAAGGCAGUGUUGAGUUUUAUUCCCAGUUGACUCACCAUGACCGCCUUUUUCGGGGCCGGGGUCUUUCCGAUUCCAGACUUACCUUUUCAGAUGGCAAUUCCAGUUUCCGCAUCAAAGGAUUGGCUUAUUUGCAUUACACGAUAAUCUCCUUAGGGACGCCGGGACAGAAGUUCUUUGUAGCGCUUGAUACUGGGAGUGAUCUAUUUUGGGUGCCAUGUGAGUGCCGCCGAUGUGCCUCUAUAGAUAACACACCUUAUAGCUCUAAAUUUAAUAUGAGUAUCUACGAUCCAAAGGAAUCAUCAACGAGCAAAAAAGUUACUUGUAACCACAGGAUGUGUACUGCUAGUUGUCCGGGAAGCGGAACAGUCAGCACUUGCCCAUAUUCAUCAUCUUAUGUCUCUUCUCAAACUUCAACCUCUGGAAUAUUAUUGGAGGAUUGUCUUCACUUAGAAACAGAUGAUAACUAUGCAAAAGUGGUCAAUGCAUUUGUGACAUUCGGGUGUGGGCAGGUACAAACUGGGUCGCUUCUACAUGUUGCAGCCCCAAAUGGUAUUUUUGGGCUGGGUAUGGAGAAAUUAUCAGUUCCUGGCAUCUUAGCACGAGAAGGCUACAUAGCAGAUUCUUUCUCUAUGUGUUUUGGGCAUGAUGGAACCGGUAGGAUCAGUUUCGGUGAUAAAGGCAGCAUUGACCAGGAAGAGACGCCGUUUUGUUUCGAUGCAUCACACCCAACAUAUACUAUUACAGCAACACAACUUCGUGUAGGUGCCUCCCUUAUCAACUCUAGUUUCACUGCUCUUUUUGAUUCUGGUACCUCCUUCACUUAUCUCGUUGACCCACACUACACAAGGCUGACAAAGUUGUUUCAUGCACAAACAAAAGAUUCACGGCGGUUAACUGAUAAAUCAAUCCCCUUUGAGUAUUGCUAUGCUAUGAGUUCUGAAGCGAAUACUAGUCAGAUCCCAGCUCUGACCUUGACCAUGAAAGGGAGUGGUCAAUUUAAUAUCUACAAUCCCGUUGUUAUUGUCCACACGCGCCCAGAAGUUGUGUACUGUUUGGCUGUUAUGUAUGAUGCAGAAAUGAGCAUAAUUGGACAAAACUUCAUGACUGGCUAUCGUAUCAUAUUUGAUAGAGAGAAACUCGUUCUUGGCUGGAAGAAGUCCAGUUGUUAUGACAUUGAUAAUUCGACUUCCUUCUCGUCUAGACCAUUGAACACAAGUGUCCCUCCUGCUGUUGCUGCUGGGCUUGAAGGUGAAGGGAAUAGAAAUCGGGAUUAUAGCUCUGCUGUAUCAUCAACUAUCACUAAUUGUUACUUAAAUUAUAACUGCAUUUAUUUCCUUAUUAUUCAUUCUUUCGUUGCAGUUAUUAUUCUUCCCUAUUCUUUAUAAAUGAGAUGCUUCUUGUUCAUC